AUGUUUCCCGCUGUUGCGCCAUCGGUCUAUCAAUCACCAAAAUGUUUCGUGACACACGGUACUAUGGGCCAUGUUGAUACCAAGCAAGCUCCUCGUAAAGGCAAGCCUUGGGCAGCAAUCACGUCUCUAGAUUUUUUUCAUAAGGUCGAUCUGAUCCUGCCCGUAGAAGUUCAUGAUGCAGUCAGUAAGCAGCUUGCCAAGACUGAUGAGCUUCCACGUUAUUCAAGAGUAGUGAUGUCUCUUGGAGAUAUCUUACAAGGUGACUUCUUUACGAAGUACAUUAAAAAAGGUGUUCUUACAAUGUACGUGGAUAAAGAGACACAUGAACGCGCAGGUCUUCCAGGAAAGCCCUAUGGGCCGAAGGGUGGAAGAGGAUCCAAACCUCGUUGGACUAUAACAUAUAACCUCAGAGAUCCAUCGAUGCUCCGCGGAAAAAAGGGCUUCGAUAGAUUGAUCUAUGCAUGCAAAAACGUCUUCAAUCAACCUAUGACAUGGCUAUUUUGCGACAAGACGCCCCAAAUUCUCAGUCCAGACCCGCUACAACAGUUCUUCCCUACGACCUUCACCUCGACACCCAUCGUAUCUCAAAAUCUUGCUGUUGUUCAACCAAUUCUCGAUGUUGACCCAGAGAUUCUUGCAGAGGACAACCGUGAAGCUCUCGAGUACUUUGCAACAGAGAGGCGAUAUUGUUAA